AUGUCGGAGGAAUCAAAUGAUAGAGUACUCUUAAAAGAGGAUAAAGGAUUUCUUGCAUUCUACAAAUCAUUAGACAAGAGUGAUAAUGUAAUUAGAUUCUUUGAUAGAAAGGGAUAUUAUUCAUUGCAUUGCGAGAAUGCAGUUUAUAUUGCAAUGUUACACUUCAAGUCGAUGAAGGCAUUAAAGUAUUGGACAGAGUCAAUAACAUCUACACCACUAAAGAAAGCAAGAACAGAUACAAAUUUAAAGACAAAACCAAAUGUAUCAUUGUUAUCGUCAUCAUCAUCAUCAUCAUCACAAGAUAACGAUUCAAACGAUGGUUAUGCAUGUCUGACUAUUAGAGAGGGUAUAGAGUUUGAAACGGUCUGUCAGAAGCUGCUGGCUGAGAAACUUCGCAUUGAAGUGUGGACACCGAAACCGAAUCGUUUGAAUCAAUGGGAGUGCUCGAGACAUUGUUCACCGGGCAACAUGCAGAUGUUCGAGGAUAUCCUGUCGGUGAAGGGUCAGUCGUUGAUGGUUGCGCUGCGCGUUGCAACCGUGCGUGGUAAUCGUGUGAUUGGUGCAGCGUUUGGUGAUGCCACUCUCAAGUCGCUCGGUGUCCUACAGUUUGUGGACAACGAGCAUCUCUCGAAUCUCGGAUCGUUCCUCUUGCAGAUGGGUGUCAAAGAGUGUCUGAUACACAUCGACGAUAAGAACGUCGACAACAAAAAGGUGGUAGAGAAACUACAGGAUUGCGACAUACCAUUCACCGACGUACCGAACGCCGACUUCAACGUAAAGAACAUCGAGCAAGAUUUAACAAGAUUAUUAGGUUCCGUUAAUAAUGUAUUAAAUGAACUUGAACAAGAAUAUGCAAUGCAAUCUCUAAGUUGUUUAAUUAAACAUUUAGAGUUACUAUGUAAUGAUAGGUAUUUUGGUAAAUUCAAGUUGGAGACAUUCAAUCUUGAUAGUUAUAUGAGAAUGGAUUCAGCUACGUUCAGAGGUUUGAAUAUCAUCAACGAGAAGGAAUCAAAUCAAUGUAACACACCUAUGGGUUCAAGAAAGUUAUCACAAUGGAUAAAACAACCAUUGGUUGAUUCAGAAGAGAUUGAGAAAAGAUUAGAUUUCGUAGAGAUAUUUACAAAUUCAUUGGAAUUAAGACAAUCACUUAGAGGUAAUGAUUUGAAAAAGAUAUGUGAUCUCGAUAGACUGUCAAAGAGAUUCGUUGGUUCCAAGGCAAACUUGGAGGAUUGUGUCAAUCUCUAUGAUAUUGUACAGAGAAUGCCAGUGUUGGUCAGUUCGCUACAGGCAUACGACGGUCAGUGUGCAGAGUUGAUUUCAAGUACUUUCGUUGAGCCGUUGCAAUCGAUCGUCGCUAACUUCUCGCAGUACCUGGCAAUGGUCGAGCAGACAAUCGAUCUCGAUCGUGCCAACGAAUCGCACGAAUUGUCACGUAAAGAUGAAAAGUUGAUAUCGAAUGCCAGCAAGUACUUUACGCACGCCACCAAUAAGGACGGUGUGCGUUUCUCGACUACCGAUUUGCGUCGUCUGAGCGACGAGUGUGGAAAGUGGUCGAAGCAGUACGCUGAGAGUCAGCAGGCGCUUGUCGACCAGGCACUACAGGUCGCCAGUAGUUUCGUGCCGAUCAUUGACGACCUAAGUUAUCUCAUUGCGCUGCUCGACGUCUAUGUCAAUCUGGCGCACAUCUCGUCGGUGGCGCCAACACCGUUCGUUCGUCCAAAGAUCUUCCCAAUGGGCACGGGCGAUACCGUUAUCAUCGGAGGUAGACAUCCAUGUGUUGAAGUACAGGAUGGUGUCAACUUCAUUCCGAAUGACAUCGAGUUGAACCGUGAGCGCUCACAGUUUCAUGUUAUCACCGGACCCAACAUGGGUGGAAAAUCCACGUUCAUUCGUCAGGUCGGUGUCAUCAUUCUGCUGGCGCAAAUCGGUUGCUUCGUCCCGGCGGAGGAGGCAUCGAUUUCCGUCGUCGAUUGCAUACUCACUCGUAUUGGUGCUGGCGAUAGUCAGCUGCGUGGUGUCUCCACCUUUAUGGCAGAGAUGCUCGAAACCUCGUAUAUCUUGAAGACCGCCACCAAGAAUUCGUUGAUUAUCAUCGAUGAGCUCGGUCGUGGAACUUCGACCUACGACGGAUUCGGUUUGGCUUGGGGUAUUGCCGAGUACAUUUGCAACCAGAUCGGAGCUUACUGUCUGUUUGCAACGCAUUUCCACGAGCUGACAGUGCUUGCCGAGUUGAUCCCGGUUGUAAACAACCUCCAUGUCUCUGCCAACAUCACCGACAACAGACUUACACUUCUCUACAAAAUUGAAAACGGUAGUUGUGACCAAAGUUUUGGUAUACACGUGGCUAUUAUGGCUGGAUUCCCAGAGGAGGUAAUUGAAAUUGCACGCUCAAAGGCAUCAGAGCUAGAGUCAUUUGAAUCAAACUCUUUGAAAAAGAAUAUACAUCAGUUUUUGGAGGAGUUCAAAUCAUUAAAUCUUGAUGAGAAUUCUCCCGACAAAGGAUUGGAUAUGGUCAAUAAUUUGCUAUUAAAAUAUCAAAUUGAUUUAGAUUAA